AUGACUCUGCCACAAUCCUUGGAUUUUUCUCACCUUUACUCUGAUGAGACCAGAGCUCGGAAGUCAUCACCACUAAAAUCAUGUAUUCAUUACUUCCAGGAUCCAAAAAUUGCAUUUCUUGGCGGUGGCCUACCACUAAGCAAAUACUUUCCGUGGGACAGCAUUGUAGCAGAUUCGUCAUUACCUUCACUGACGUAUGGGAUUGAGACUGACCUGCCAAAUACUGGCGCUCGCGAAGAAACCUGCCACGUCCGCCUCGAAAGGAAUGAAAUUACUAAAGGCGGUGAUUUGAAGGACAUUCCACUGUCGCGUGCGCUACAGUACGGAUUUGGAAUGGGCCAGCCAGAGUUUUUAUCAUUUGUCAGGGAGCACACUCAACUUGUUCAUAAAGUGCGAUACUCAGACUGGGACGUCUUGGCCACAACUGGUAAUACUGGUUCUUGGGAAUCAACUCUCAGAAUUUUUUGCAACAAGGGUGACACUAUCUUGGCUGAGCAGUACUCGUUCUCAUCCUCCAUAUAUGCUGCCGAAGCUCAAGGAAUUAAUGUUUUUCCUGUGCCUCUCGAUGAACAUGGCUUGAUUCCGGAAAGACUAGAAGCCAUUCUGGACAACUGGAACCCGAAAACCAAGAAACCUAAACUUUUGUACACUGUUCCCACGGGCCAAAAUCCCACCGGUUCCUCGCUGAGCGAUAACCGUAAAAUUGAGAUUUAUCGCAUUGCUCAAAAGCACGAUUUGCUUAUAUUGGAAGAUGAGCCUUAUUACUUUCUACAAAUGGAUCACUAUCAAAGAGAGGCCACCUCACGGAAAGUCACUCAUUUCAAGUCGCAAUCAGAAUUUUUGGACUCGUUGGCUAAGUCCUUUAUUUCUCUGGACACAGAUGGCCGUGUUAUUAGAAUGGACUCAUUUUCUAAAGUAUUAGCCCCUGGUACUAGGCUGGGCUGGUUAGUCGCGUCCAAGAAAAUACUGAGAGUAUACAAUCAGCUUCACGAAAUGACCAUACAGAAUCCGUCUGGAUUUAGUCAAGCCAUCGUGGCUGGGACCUUAAACCGGUGGGGCCAGGAAGGGUUCCUAGAUUGGUUACUUGGUCUACGCCGUGAAUACAGUGAGAAGCGGGACAUUGCCAUCGACGGCUUGUUCAAACACCUACCAAAAACGCCCAUAUUUCGCAUAAAUCCCCCAACAGCUGGUAUGUUUUUUACCAUCACCAUUGAUGCAUCUGCUCAUCCAGACUUCUUGACCAAGUACUCUUCGAAACCCGAACUUGUCGAGCUAGCUAUCUAUGAAAAAACCAUCGAAAAUGGCGUUCUUGUCAUUCCAGGUAGUUGGUUUAAAGUAAGCGGUAACACUGAACCUCCACAACCUUCUGAACACAAAAAGGGGUCGAAUUCCAAUGAAAUCUUUUUUAGAGGAACCUUUGCGGCUGUUGAUUCAGACACACUAAAAAACGGUGUUCAAAGGCUUGGUGAGACCUUGAAACAAGAAUUUCAACUGUAA